AUGGGCUCUAAACUGGAAGCAGGCUCCAACGCCACGCGCAAGAGGAUUGAGAACCAUGAGUUCACCGGUGAGGACGGGGAGGAGUACGAUGCCUCUGGAUUCGGAGGGUUUGGCGAUUACUUUCGCCGCAAGAAAAUCAAGCUGCAAAAUCUAGAUGCUGAAAUACGCUCUGCAUCCCCAAACAAUCCAGCCAUAUUCAAAGGGAUCGUGGCACACGUAAACGGAUACACGCAGCCCUCGUUAAACGAUCUUCAUCGCAUGAUCGUUAGUCAUGGCGGAGGGUACCUUCAGUAUCUAGAUGGGAAGACUGCCGCUACUCACAUUAUUGCGAGCGCGUUAACCCCCAAGAAGAGGGAGGAGUUCCGGCAGUACCGCAUCGUCAAGCCGGCAUGGGUUGUCGAAAGUGUAAAGGCAGGUCGUAUGCUGCCGUGGGAGUCGUUCAGGUUGCUGGAUGAGGGUGCCUCGCAGAAAAUUCUAAAGUUUGAUACGAGCGGGAAGAUUUCUGCUGAAACUAAUACUCAGUCACAAAGUUAUCGAAGCCAGACAGAGUCAAGCUGGUAUACGUCACAGCUGAGGAAUGAGACGGCCGCCGCUGAUACCCCAAAGGAAGCCGGCGCUUCCGCAGACAAGACAGGCGUAGCUGAAGAACCCAGUUUGAUAGAGGAGCAGGCCACUGAGGCUCAGUCUACAUCAAUCGAGCACUCUAAUAGUCCACCAAAGACCCCUGAGAAUCAUGGAACAUUAGAUUCUAAUGAUACUUUGCCUACUGUUCAACCGGAACUAUCACUAGCAAAGCAAGACCCUGAUGUGCGGGAUCAAGAUAUCAAGGACCCUGAAAGUGAUGGAAAGCAACUGACUCCCGAAGAACACAAUGCGAUUCUACUCUCCAAACCACAUAUAAAACAAUAUAGCGUAGUGAAUCCGGACUUCAUUCAGCAGUACUAUCGCGAAUCUCGCCUCCACCACCUCUCGACUUGGAAGGCUGAGCUGAAAGCACAGCUUCAAAAUAUUGCUCAAGAGCGAGGCACUCCAAGGCGAACGCCGACCAAGCGGCCUCCCGGGACAAGGCGAUAUAUUCUCCACGUCGAUUUCGACAGCUUCUUCGCCGCAGUAUCUUUGCAAAAACACCCAGAACUUGCCGAGAAACCGGUAGCUAUAGCCCAUGGCACUGGGCCAGGGUCAGAAAUUGCUAGUUGCAAUUACCCUGCGCGUAAGUUCGGGGUAAAAAACGGAAUGUGGAUGAAAGGAGCCCUUGAGCUAUGCCCAGAGCUAAAAGUGCUUCCCUACGAUUUUCCCGCGUAUGAGGACGCUAGCAGGAAGUUCUAUGAUGCAAUCCUUGACAUCGAUGGUGUUGUUCAGAGCGUUAGUAUCGAUGAGGCACUCGUCGAUAUUUCCUCCCUCUGCAUAGAGGCUGGCGGCUCUGACGGGAAAGCAAUGCCUGAGGCUUCGAUAUAUCGGGAGCAAGAUAAGGCAGAUAUUACCGCCCAAAACCUGCGGGACUCGAUUAAGGAGAAGACAGGCUGCAACAUCUCUGUUGGGAUUGGCCAAAAUAUCCUUCAGGCAAAAUUGGCGUUGAGAAAGGCAAAACCAGCAGGUCAAUUUCAGAUUAAGCCCGAUGAUAUGCUUGACUUCAUCGGUGAAUUUACAGUUAAAGAUCUUCCAGGAGUGGCGCAUAGCUUGGGGGCGAAGCUUGAAGAAAUUGGCGUCAAAUAUGUCAAGGAUAUCCGCCAACUCAGUCGGGAAAAGUUGACCGGACAUCUUGGCCCGAAAACUGGCGCUAAAUUAUGGGAAUAUUCACGGGGAAUUGACAACGCCGUUGUUGGGGAACAGGUCAUAAGGAAAUCGGUCUCAGCAGAAAUUAACUGGGGAAUCCGAUUUACCAACCAGACGCAAGCUGAUGAAUUUGUUCAAAGCUUAUGUGAGGAGCUACAUCGCCGACUCUUGGAGAAUGGGGUGAAAGGGAGUCAACUGACUAUGAGGAUAAUGCGAAGGGCCGCGGAUUCCCCUGUUGAUCCGCCCAAGCACCUUGGCCAUGGUAAAUGCGAUACCUUCAAUAAGAGUGUUGCACUUCAUACACCUACCAAUUCAAGCGACGUUGUCGGAAAAGAAGCCAUCUCUAUCCUACACAGCUUCAAUUUCUCUCCCGGAGAUUUAAGAGGACUAGGCGUGCAAAUGACAAAGCUCACACCGAUAAAAGCAACUUUCAGCGGCGAACUGGCAAGCAGCCAGCGGCAACUACAGUUCAAGCGGUCAAGCCCUAGCUCGAGAAAUAAGGAACCCCAGGACCCAGAUGAAAUCAUCAGCCCCAAAAAGGGAGAAAAUUUAAGCCCACAUAUAUCUGGGUCACUCAAAGCCGGCCCUUCACUCAAUGACAUGUCUCAAAAGCCUCUAAAUCUAACAGGGACGCAGUUCAUCUUGCCAUCACAGCCUAAUUCCUCUGUUCUUGCUGAGCUACCAGGAGAGGUUCGUUCCAAAUUGGUCGCCAGGGAGAGGCCAAGUAUUAGCGAACAGUUAAGAGCAGCAGCUUCCUCCCAGCGUGUUAACUCGCCAUUCGCCUCAACUGCUCUCCCUCCGGAGUCACAGCUUGACCAGGAAACACUUAAUGCCUUGCCUGAGGAUGUAAGAGCAGAAGUAUUAGGUUACUACAGGCAGAACGCCAAUACUCCAGGGGCUCCUCCCUCGAGCUCGGCAGGACUACAGAAAUCUCCGCGUCAUAAAAAGCCUACUACGCCAACUAAACCGCGCCCAGGACGGGGACGCGGACGGCCACGGGCCGCAGCCAAAUCGAGCACUGGACCCACCCUCAUUCAAUCCAGCUUCAUCACCUCCCAACCCUCGAUACCUUCAUAUAAGGACGCCAGCACGGCGGAAACCCCCACCCGACUGGAAUCCACCGAGCCUGAUAGUGAGAUUUCAGCCGAUUUUCUCGCUGCCCUGCCCGAAGACAUACGUCAGGAGGUAUUGGAAGAGCACAGGCAGGCUCGACUCCGAGACCAAGGAGGCUUGAACCUUGCAGAGAUACACGAGAGAAACAAUCGAGCGAGGCAGGAUAAAUCUAACGAUAGCGCAGACCCCGUAGAUCCCGAACAGAAAUUCCUCCGACUGGAUCCGCGUCCUGCAAAGCCUACUUUUACAUCAAAGAAACUAUCUGCUCUGCCAGAGCUCCGUGAGGCUCUUAACGAGUGGUACUCAUCCUUCGAGACCGAAGUCCCGUAUGAGGAGGAUGUAGAGGCACUUACGAAAUACCUGAGACGAGUUGUUCUUGAGGAGAAGGAUAUCUCCAAGGCAACCGAUCUUGCACGAUGGCUGGGCUGGCUAGUAAACGAUUCCAAUAGUAAUGGCGGAAACAGUGUCAGUGAUGCUGGAGACAAGGAUCGUCCAUCGAUAGCAGGCUGGAAGAAUGCCGUUAUCAAAGUCCAGAACAGCAGUAGCGAAUCGAGUUACUAUGGCCACCAAUUCUACAGGCCGUUUGCAGGCCGGGAUAUCAAAGAGCAUGCACGCUGUUUAACAGGCUUCGUAACUAACACCGAAGCAGCACCCACGCACUACGCCGUGAUCCUAUACGAAGGCUUCCAGGCUCUCGAUGUCUUCGGCCCUCUCGAUGCUCUGAACAUCACCUCACUGGACAAUGGAAUCAAGCUCUCCAUUAUUGGACCAAGUUUAGGCCCCGUGAGCACAAAGCCUCCUCCGCUUCCCACCGUCACCCUAAAGCCAGGAUGGGGCUUCUCUGAAAGCGUGGUACCUACGCACUCCUACGCCGAUCCACCCACAGAUAUCGACGUGCUCGUAGUCCCCGGCGGACUGGGCACCAACGACGCCUCCAACAUCGAGCCAGCCAUACAGCUCACUCGCAAACUGUACCCGAGCGUUAAAUAUCUAUUCAGCAUCUGCACGGGCGCUAAGAUACUUGCGGCCGCCGGCCUACUAGACGGCAAGAAAGCCACAACGAACAAGAGAAGUUUCGAUGCUUCAACGAAGCCGUAUCCACAGGUCCAGUGGCAGAGGAGCGCCAGAUGGGUAGUAGACGGGAAUAUCUGGACCUCGUCCGGCAUCAGCGCUGGUACCGACGCGAUGAUUUCCUUCAUUGGCACCGUGUAUGGCAGGGAGUUUGCACUGAGCGUGGCUAAAAGGAUGGAGUAUCGAUGGGUGGAAGAUCCAGCGGAUGACCCGUGGGCGGCCCCAGAGCCGAGCUCCUAA